AUGGCCGGUUUCAUGGUAGCAUUGAUGCUGAUAGGGGUGAUAAUAUCUCCUUGUGUGUACGGAAAAGAGUUCUCCGAUCACCAGGAAAUCAAAGUACAAAGUCUUUUGAAGCGGCUCAACAAGCAAGCUCUUGUUUCCGUUAAGAGCGAAGAUGGAGAUAUAAUAGAUUGUGUUCCAAUACAUAGUCAACCAGCUUUUGAUCAUCCUCUGCUCAAAAACCACACCAUCCAGAUGAGACCGAGCUUUAUACCGGAAAGUACGUCUACAUACACCAAGAAAAAGAUAAAGGCUACUCAAGCCUGGCACAAGAACGGAAGAUGCCCUAAAAAUACAGUUCCUAUAAGAAGAAUAAAGAAAGAAGAUAUUUUGCGAUCAAAAUCCGUUGAGAGUUUUGGGAAAAAGAUGACUUACUCAAGCAUCCCUGAAGAUAAUACGUACGAUCCAAGUAGAGGCCAUGAGUAUGCAGUCAUGAAUUCCAUGCAAGGAACGUACUUCGGGACAAAACUUGCAAUAAAUAUGUGGAAAACCAGAAGUUCAAGUUCCCAACGAGUUCAGCUUGGCUCAGACGUGGCUCGUGUCUGGAGUUGGCGCUACUCGUAA